AUGCCGAAUGCAAUGCAUGUUCAAAUCCUCUCGCCUCGAAGCUCGCUGUUUAUUCCCGAAUCACCAGAUCCGGACCAGUUGGUUAUCGUAUGCAGCUGGACAGAUGCUCAACAGAAGCAUAUAGCGAGAUAUCUUCAGCUACACAAGCUAGUCACCCCCCGGGCAAAGAUCCUGCUGAUCCAGACCACGGCCGUAACGCUAUUCAAGCCUUAUGCCUGGCAAAGGGCUUCCCUCAAACCUGCGGCGCAGUAUAUCAUCGAGAAUGCCGUGGCCGAUUCACAGAAGCGAGAUUCUUCCCCUGGUCGAGAACCGAAUCAGCACGAACACUGCAGGAACAGAAGGAGUAGGACAAAGAUCUUGCUUCAUUCAUUGUCGAACGGGGGCAGUCUUACUGCCACUCAACUCCUCAUCCUCCUCCGCGAAGUUACACAUGCACCGUUGCCUCUCAUCGGGGUCAUAAUGGACAGCAGUCCCGACAGUGGAAGCUAUAAACAAAGCCAUAACGCCAUGGUACGGACGCAACCACCUUCCAAACCGCGAAGAGCCGCUGUGUCACUCCUCGCUCAUGCAGCCCUAAUCCCUAUAUGGGCGAGUUAUAUCAUAGGGGCAAGGGAGAACUCGCAACUUGAGAUGCGGAGAAUAAUCCUGGACAGGCAUUAUGUGGAUACUUUGAAUAUUCGGUAUGUGUAUUCGAAGAGUGAUAAAAUUACCGAUUGGAGGGAUGUGCUUGUUCAUGCUGAAGAGGCGAGGGGGAAAGGAUGGCUUGUCGAGGAGUAUAAGUUGGUGGAGAGUGCGCAUUGUUCUCAUAUACGCUCCAAUCCGGAGAUCCUGUGUCAUGACCUCAAAAUUAUCCACGAUGCAAGACGACUUCUCAAAUUCAAUGUCCCAGCUCAUCUUGCCUAG